AUCAUAGUCACUGUGUGGAAGCAGGAGGAGGAGAGCGUGGAGGCGAGGGAGCACGGCUAUCUGACUCUUCUGCAGCUCAGGAGUCCAGCACAGACCUUCAGACAGGACCUCAGCACCUUCAAGACGCAAGUCAGCACCAUUCUGAAUGUUCUUCCACCUCCCAGAGUCCAGUGUCAGCAGAUGACAGUCUCUGGAAAACACCUGACUGUCCUCAAAGUGUUGAACUGCAGCUCCCAGGAGGAGGUCUGUGUCAGAGACAUGAAGAUCCUUCCUAACUAUAACUCAUCCUUUCUUCCAAUCAUGCCGGAUGGUUCAGUUCUCAUAGUCGACAAUGUCUGCCACCAAUCAGCUGAGGUCACCAUGGCUUCAUUUUAUCGGAUAGACAGCAAAUCAUCACGUUUACCCAGCAUGCUCAGCGCCCUGGAGGAACAGAACUUCCUGUUCCAGUUGCAGCUGCAAGACAAAGCAGAGGAGGACUCUAGUGAGGGUUUGGAGGUUCCGUUGGUGGCUGUGUUGCAGUGGUACAAUCCAACACUCCCUUUCACAAGAUAUAUCUCUAGCUGUUACUCAUUGCCCAGUAUCCGCUUGGAUCGUCCUCAGCUGGUGAUGACAGCUUCCUGUCCCAGUGCUGUCAGGCCUCUGGAGCACUUCUGGGUAAAAUAUACCCUGCUGAACAACUUACAGGACUUCCUGGCUGUCCGUCUGAUCUGGAAUUCUGAAGGUGAGAAGCAGGCUUCACCAUCACAGUCUCACAGGCUAGUCCUACACAAUGUCCAUGUCUGUUAGAGGUCAUUAUAGAGA